AUGGAAGGCUAUCAGUCCACCCCAAUCCGCCCACCUGUCGCCAUGACCUACAUCUGUGCUGAUUGCGGCGCUGAGAAUCAGCUCAAACCCAGAGAGCCAAUUCGUUGCCAGGAUUGUGGCCACAGAAUCAUGUACAAGAAGAGAACCAAGAGAAUGGUACAAUUCGAGGCUCGUUAAAGAAAGAGAUAUUUCUCUUGAUGUUUGUGGCAUGCUACAUUGUUUGUAAAUAACAUAUUUCUCUUAAAAAACCAACAAAAAAAAAACACCAAAAACAACAAAAAAAUAAGAAACCUUUUUGUUUUUAAUCAAAUAAUAUCUCCAUAUACUUAAGAAGGAAU